UGCCAGGCCACCGCAGCAGCACUAAUACCCUCCCUCAUGCCACCCUCCGGCCUCCUCUCCUACAUCCCCACCAGCCUCUCCUCCAUCCUCCCCGUCCGCGGCCGCGUCGACGUGGCCUCCUCCUCGCCGCCGUCGCCUCCACCGUCUGAACCGGCCUCCUCGCCGCCGUCGAGUCCGGCAGCGUCCCCGAGCAAGAUGUCGCCGACGCAGAAGCAGGCGGACGGCGCGGAGCUGGCGCGCGUGUUCGAGCUGUUCGACCGGAACGGCGACGGGCGCAUCACGCGGGAGGAGCUGGCGGACUCGCUGGGCAAGCUGGGCAUGGCCGUGCCGGGCGACGAGCUGGCGGCCAUGAUAGCGCGCAUCGACGCCGACGGCGACGGGUGCGUGGACGCUGAGGAGUUCGCGGAGCUCUACCGCGCCAUCACGUCCACCGGCGCCGAUGAGGCCCCGGCGGCCGAGGAGGACGAGGAGGACAUGCGGGAGGCGUUCCGGGUGUUCGACGCCAACGGCGACGGGUACAUCACCGUGGACGAGCUCAGCGUGGUGCUGUCGUCGCUGGGGCUGAAGCAGGGCCGCACCGCCGAGGAGUGCCGCCGCAUGAUCGGCCAGGUCGACCGCGACGGCGACGGCCGCGUCGACUUCCACGAGUUCCGCCAGAUGAUGCGCGGCGGCGGGCUCGCCGCGCUGGCCUGAUUUGGGCGAUCGAUGUCCUCGCUAAUUAAAAUGUGCGCUUGGUUGUAGGAGGUGUAGAUAAUCCAUGUAACCGCUCUCCAUACUUCUUUCUCUCUCUCUCUCUCUCGUUCCUUGGUUUGUUCGUUUGUUCGUACGGUAUUGAUGGGCUUGCCGAUUAAUUGUUGUAUUGCUUGGGAAGAAUCAAAAGGUUUCUAUCUAUCCA